AUGAUCAGUGACUCUGAUGAUGACUGCUGUGAGGAUGACUGCUGUGAGGAUGACUGCUGUGAGGAUGACUGCUGUGAGGAUGACUGCUGUGAGGAUGACUGCUGUGAUGACGACUGCUGUGAUGAUGACUGCUGUGAAGAUGACUGCCGUGAAGAUGACUGCUGUGAGGAUGACUGUUGGGAUGAUGACUGCUGUGAUGAUGACUGCUGUGAGGAUGACUGCUGUGAGGAUGACUGCUGUGAUGAUGACUGCUGUGAGGAUGACUGCUGUGAGGAUGACUGCUGUGAGGAUGACUGCUGUGAGGAUGACUUCUGUGAGGAUGACUGCUGUGAGGAUGACUGCUGUGAAGAUGACUGCCGUGAAGAUGACUGCUGUGAGGAUGACUGCUGUGAUGAUGACUGCUGUGAGGAUGACUGCUGUGAGGAUGACUGCUGUGAUGAUGACUGCUGUGAGGAUGACUGCUGUGAGGAUGACUGCUGUGAUGAUGACUGCUGUGAAGAUGACUGCUGUGAGGAUGACUGCUGUGAGGAUGACUGUUGGGAUGAUGACUGCUGUGAUGAUGACUGCUGUGAUAAUGACUGCUGUGAAGAUGACUGCUGUGAUGAUGACUGCUGUGAUGAUGACUGCUGUGAGGAUGACUGCUGUGAGGAUGACUGCUGUGAUGAUGACUGCUGUGAAGAUGACUGCUGUGAAGAUGACUGCUGUGAAGAUGACUGCUGUGAGGAUGACUGCUGUGAUAAUGACUGCUGUGAAGAUGACUGCUGCGAUGAUGACUGCUGUGAUGAUGACUGCUGUGAUGAUGACUGCUGUGAUAAUGACUGCUGUGAAGAUGACUACUGUGAUGAUGACUGCUGUGAUGAUGACUGCUGUGAUGAUGACUGCUGUGAUGAUGACUGCUGUGAUAAUGACUGCUGUGAAGAUGACUACUGUGAUGAUGACUGCUGUGAUGAUGACUGCUGUGAUGAUGACUGCUGUGAUGAUGACUGCUGUGAUGAUGACUGA